CCAGCGGAUGUCCAUGAAUGCAAACACCAUGAUAUUUAUGAUCCUGGGGGCUUCAAUUGUUAUGGCAAUUGCGUGCUUGAUGGAUAUGAAUGCACUCCUGGAUCGCUUUCACAAUUAUAUCUUACCGCAUUUGAGAGGCGAAGACAGAGUUUGCCACUGCAACUGUGGAAGGCACCACGUCCACUAUGUCAUCCCCUACGACGGCGACCAAUCCGUGGUGGACUCCUCAGAGAACUACUUUGUGACUGACAAUGUAACCAAGCAGGAAAUCGACCUGAUGCUGGGACUUUUGUUGGGUUUCUGUAUAAGCUGGUUCCUGGUGUGGAUGGACGGGGUCCUCCAUUACGCCGUGCGAGCUUGGAGAACAAGUCGACGGUAUGACAAUACGUGGUCUUGGAUCCCGAAAUUUUGUAACUUCAAGGAAUUCAGAAAACGUCACCACAGGCAGUACGACGAGCCGACUGGGAACAUGGUACACAUUAAACAGAAGCUGUACCACAACGGGCAUCCUAGUCCGAGACACCUCUGA